AUGGAAGAACUUGCUCGUGAGAGUAUCAGCCUGUUGGCGAGAUCUGCUUCGCACGCGGAUCCCCCACGGCUCGGUUCGUUCGGUGCCAUCUUCAUCAUGCUCAAAUCUGCCCUAGGCGCGGGAUUGCUUAACUUCCCGUGGGCUUUCGAGAAGGCGGGAGGAGUCAAUAAAGCCAUCAGCGUUGAAAUGGUAUCACUGGUGUUCCUGAUCAGCGGAUUGAUCAUCCUGGGCUAUGCUUCAUCCAUCAGCAGAAAGAAUACCUAUCAGGACGUGGUGCGAGAGGUGUGUGGGGGGGCCAUCGGCCAGCUGUGUGAGGUCUGCUUCUGCUUCAACCUCUUCAUGAUCUCUGUGGCCUUCCUGGUGGUGGUGCAGGACCAGCUAGACAAACUGUGUGUGUCUCUGUAUGAGACGGUGACGGGGUCCUUAGAGGGUGAGAUACCGUACCACUGGUACACGGACCAACGGUUCCACCUCUUCAUCAUGUGCCUCAUCUUCAUCCUCCCUCUCUCCAUCCCCAAAGAGAUUGGCAUCCAGAAAUACACCAGUGUGCUGGGAACUCUGGCUGCUACAUAUCUCUGUGUGGCUGUCAUUGUCAAAUACUACAUGAUGGACGAACAUUCAGCCGUCAUUACCCCAGAGCACCGUGAAGGAAAAGAUUCAUGUGCCUCAAUGUUCAGCGUCGUCCCCACCAUCUGUUUUGGCUUCCAGUGCCAUGAGGCCUGUAUAGCCAUCUACAGCAGCAUGGAGAACAAGAAGCUCUCCCAUUGGGUGAUCAUCUCUGUGAUCUCUAUGUUCUUCUGUCUGCUCAUCUACACCCUUACAGGUAUCUUUGGCUUCCUGACGUUUGGGCGCACAGUGGCGGCUGAUAUUCUGAUGUCAUAUCCUGGAAAUGAUGUGGUCAUGAUCAUUGCCAGACUGCUAUUUGGAAUAUCAAUCAUCACCAUCUAUCCAAUUAUACUUCUGUUGGGAAGGUCUGUCAUUCUGGACCUGAUGUUGCGAAUUCGUCGCCAUCGGCGCGGUGGUGUCACACACUCGUUUGAGAACCGCUGCAGAGUGAUUCUGACUGUCAUCUGGAUCACAAUCACCCUCCUCAUCGCCAUGUUCGUCCCUGACAUGAGUGAGGUCAUCAGCGUUAUCGGAGGAAUCAGUGCCUUCUUCAUCUUUAUCUUUCCUGGGCUUUGCCUGGUAUUCACUAUGCAGUCAGAGCCUGUGUCGCCCAGAGUCAGGGUGGUGUGCACUGUGUGGGGUGUGAUUACUGUAAUUGUUGGAGCCUUCAUUUUUGGACAGAGCACUACCAUUGCCAUUAUGGAGAUCUUCCACAAAUUCUGA